AUGUCAGCAUCUAAUUUGUCGUCUGCGGAGGCACCGCUGGGAGGUAAUGGGCCACCCUUGCCUGCGGGCUGGGUGGCAAACUGGAGCCCAGAGCACAAUGCAUGGUACUAUGUCUUUCCUGCUACUGGAGCUACUCAAUGGGCGCUUCCAGUCUACCCACCUAGGCAACAACAAUACCAGACUCUUCAAGAUCGCAAUGCCCCUACGAUUGAGAAUCCUACAAAUACCACGGAAGUGGGGGUGGAUAACCAACCCCUUGGAGAUGGAGACCGCGGCCUGGGAAAGACUGCAUUUGCUAUGGGUGGAGGCUUUCUGGCUGGCUCUUCAUUUCGCAACAAAUUCGAGAAGCAUCACGAAAGCCAUGGCCAACAAGACGGUUUAGGUAAAGUGGCCCAGUCUAUUGCAAUCGCUGGCGCUGGUGCCGUUGGAGCCAAGAUAAUGGGUCUUUUUGGAAACAAGCAGCAGCAGCAGCAACCAGCGGUACAAACGGCAACGCACACGCAUACGCAGACGCACUUCUAUCCGGUCUAUGUACCUGGACCCCAGGUAUCGCCAUCGCCAUCAUAUUAUGGGCAACAUCCGCCAGGCAACUCCAGCUAUGCUCACAAUCCCAGCGGUGAGACAGUUGGCGUAGCUCCUGGCUUACAGAGCUUUGGCUCGCCACAUCAGACGGGCGCUACGCCUGUGCCUCUUCAAAGCCCAAGUUCUAUAGGUGCGUUUCAGCUCCAGAGUGGUCCACCACUGCACAUAUAUGGUGCUGUAUUCGCAGACAAGGACGUCACGCAAAUAGUUCGAAGCCUCGUGACUCCACAACAAACUCUGCAAAUUAAAGGAGAUUCACUGGUUGAACAAUUUGGGGACCCAUGGCCUGAGGUGGAAAGAAAGAUGUUUAACGUGUUGUAUUCAUACGGAGAUCGACCUAUGGAGGUUCUUGCCGCUGAGUAA